AUGUCGACUAUCUCUGAUCAGAAGAAACGCACGUUAGAAGCCCUUCAGCAACGGUAUACUUCUGCAAAAGCUAAGAAAUUGCAAGAUGAAAAGGUUAAGAGUCAGAAGAAGAGCAAUUUUAAUACCCCUAAGCCUAACUUUGAUGCACCAAGGGAAGGCAAAGGUCCAGAAAUCACUCCUCGAGGAACAUAUAUCCAGCCUUCUCGUCAUAAAGGUGUAGCAUUUUCCAGUUCUAAUUAUCAACAAAAGCCUUCCACGUCCUCAGGUGAAGAAAUCAAUCCUGUGUAUGCUGAACUUUCUUGUGCUUUUCAUGACAAUUUGUCUAAAGGUGUUAUCUCGGAUUUUGAUGACACAGAGGUUGUUUACAAUGUUAUAAAUGACAUAAUUCAGAAAGGUGGAGAUGCUGGGAAAAUUACAAAGGGAGCCAAAAAGUUGAAACUGGAAAGAGGGAUCCUUUUGGAUAAUUAUGUUCAGAGGGGUCCUAGAUUAGUGGAUGCCCAAGCAAGAUCUUUACUGAUUCAUUCAAAGCGAUCAAAAAGACACUUGUCUCUGAAACAACAUAAGAAAUGUGGUUCAUUUGAUUUAGAUGGUACAUUGCACAAGUAUGGCCUCUAUGAGCCAAUGCAUAAGAUAUGGAAGGACUAUAUCAGAGAGCUUAUAAAUGUGAACCCGAAAAAGAAAUUGUCUGAGAACCUUCUUUCAGCAGAUCUUCAUGGAGCCCUUCUAAUAGUGGCAGAAUGCAAAGCUGCUUCAGAUAAAGGUUUAAAUGGCAUCAUGAUUCGGGAUACUGCAGAGACAUUUGGAAUUAUAUCCGAGGACAACCGCUUCCGAGCUGUACCAAAAGCUGGUUCGGUUUUCACACUAGAAGCAGACUGCUGGAAGUGCACACUGAUCGGUGACAAGCUCUCGCCCAGGGAGAAGCUGAAGGAGGAUCAGCGUCAACAUCGUGCGCAAUAG